AUGAAACUGGAAAGGGUGAUGUUGAAAAACAUAAUCCAGUUAUGGAAAGAUAUCCGACAUGUCAGAAAAACUCAGAAUUUCAUCUCGACCGGAGUCAAACUUUCCAUACUUAAAAAAGAAUCCGACUUGGAAGAGGAUAGGCGCCUGCUGGAAGAGGAUGUGGAAGUGGAUGUCGCGGAAAUUUGGGAUGAACUGAAGGAANAAUGGGAUGAAGAGAUGGGUAGAUACAAAAAAGAGGCGAAAAAAAGGAUUGCCUUAAGGAAGAAAAAAAAGGUUGACUUUGACGACUCAGAGGAACUUCUCGUUAAAGAUAACGAAACAAUAAUCGAGACGAUACUCAACAAACCAACUAAACCGACGUUAAAAUCUAAGGAAGACGUGAAGAAAGAGGUCCUAGAGAAAUUUGACCUAAUUAGAAGAAAACCAGGCGAACCGGAACUGACACCACUGCUGACAAAUGACCUCUCUAUAACUCCGACUGCCCAGUGUCCGAAGUUUGUUGUGUGA